AUGGGAGGUCCUGAUGUUCUGAAAGCUGAACAGUGGUUGACCGUUAUCAAAAGAAUAUUGAAUUUUAUGGGAGUGGUCGGAAAUGACAGAGUGGCAUGUGCCACGUUUCAAUUUCAGGAAGAUGCUUUGAUUUGGUGGGAAAUGAUAUCCCUUACAAAGGAUGUUGCCAGAAUGAUCUGGGAGGAAUUUCGGGAAUUGUUCAAUGCUAAAUACUAUAAUGAGGCAGUCCGCAGUGCAAAGCGGAAAGAAUUUGUUGAGUUGGUACAAGGAGAGGGAAUGUUUGUAACUGAAUACACAACCAAGUUUGAUCGCUUGGCUAAGUUAGCCUUUGGAAUUGUACCAACGGAUUUUACUAAGAAGGAGAAGUACUUGGCUGGACUGAACGCCAAGAUUAAACAUGACCUGGUUAUUACAACGAAUGAUACCACAACUUACGCGGAAAUGGUUGAUAAGGCUCUUCGAGCCGAAGGAGCAGUAAAAUUUUUGCAUGAAAUCCGAGAGCCUCCUAUUGCCGGUGGGGUUAUUACUAUCCCUAUUUCUGGUCCUGGAAAAAAAAGUGGAGAUUCCACUUUUGAGCAAAAGAAAAGAACUUUUCCAUCUUCGGGAAGUUCAGGACAAAGUAAAAGGUUUCGAGGAAACCAGAACAAAGGAGGACGUCAGACUUACUCCUAUCCUGAGUGCCCGCGUUGCAAGAAGCAUCACCCCAGGACUUGUAACCGGAGAGCCUGUUUUCAGUGUGGUUUAGUGGGACACCUUAAGAAAGACUGUCCUCAGUUGAAGAAAGAGGAACCAAAGCCUGAGGUCAAACCUGUGCCUGCACCUGCUCGUGUAUUUGCUAUAACUCAGGCUGAUGCUGCUGCCAGCCCUUUAGUAGUUACAGGUCAGCUUCUAAUCAACGAUUUUUUCUGUAUAGUUUUAUUUGAUUCGGGUGCUACUCGAUCUUAUGUGUCAUCAAGAGUUCUUUAUCAGCUUGAUAGGCCUAGUGAUAUUUUUGAGACGGGGUUUGGGACCCUAUUGCCUAAUGGUGAGUUAAUUGUUUCAAGAAAGUGGGUUAGGUCAGUGUUAAUUAGAAUUGAAGAUAGAGAAUUGAGUGCUGAUCUUGUGGAGUUACCAUUGGCCGAGUUCGAUAUUAUACUCGGUAUGGAAUUUUUCCAAAUACUCUGCUAG